UGCCCCUCUCUUCCCCUUCUGUCGCGCUCGCGCAUCUGAAGCAAGGGGCAAGAAAGAGGGAUCGAUCUUGUUCGCGGAGAAGAGGAGGGGUGAGGUGCUUGACGGUUUUGACUCGGAUCAUGGUGUGCAGCUCUACCCGAUAGAGAGAGCUGACCUGAGGUGGGAGACGCGGGUCGCGCGGGGGUGGAGGCACAGCUCAGUAGGAGAUCAGGAGGAAGGAGAGAGAGGGGAGGGGGAAGGAGGCGACAGCGGGGGAGGAUGGUGCUCGUGCUUGCGCUGGGGGAUCUGCACAUCCCGCACCGGGCGCCCGACCUGCCCGCCAAAUUCAAGUCCAUGCUCGUGCCCGGCAAGAUCCAACACAUCAUCUGCACUGGCAACCUCUGCAUCAAGGAAGUCCAUGACUACCUGAAAAGCCUUUGCCCUGAUCUCCACAUUACCAGAGGUGAAUAUGAUGAGGAUGCUCGAUACCCAGAGACUAAGACACUGACAAUUGGUCAGUUUAAGCUUGGGCUGUGCCAUGGUCAUCAGGUUGUUCCGUGGGGCGACCUGGACUCCCUGGCGAUGCUCCAGCGGCAGCUGGAUGUGGACAUCCUGGUGACUGGGCACACCCACCAGUUCAAGGCAUAUAAGCACGAGGGAGGUGUGGUGAUCAACCCUGGCUCUGCUACGGGCGCCUACAGCAGCAUCACGUACGACGUGAACCCAAGCUUCGUGCUGAUGGACAUCGACGGGCUCCGCGUGGUGGUGUACGUCUACGAGCUGAUUGACGGCGAGGUGAAGGUGGACAAGAUCGACUUCAAGAAGACAGCGACGAUGCACGCCUAGCCCUGUUUUUGCACGGCGUGAUUGAGUUCAACACAUAUCUAGCUUCUGUUUCUUCUCUCCUCUUCUUGAUUCAGAGCUCCCUGGACACUGUCUUUCUACCAAUUGUGCUCACCUGUUCAUGUGCAAAGAACUCUUUAGUGUGUGUUUUUUUACACAUUAGCUGAUCAAAUUAUGAGGGUGUGAUGUUAAAUGUCAAGUAAUUUUACAUGUGCAAAGAACUCGUUAGUAUUUGGUCGUGCUUUAAGCAAGAACGGGUGAGCCUAAAUUUACGUUUAUAUAAAGUGUAGAUAGAUGAAAUGAUUGCAAGAUAGAUUUGGUUGCUGUUUGAUCCA